GUGGCGGUGGAGGGAUGGUUGGAACGGCUGACACAAAGGUGUACAGGUGGAGUGGAGUUUUGUAGCCGUGGGAGAAUGAUGUCAUCGGUUUGUCAUCGCUGUGUAAUGACGUUGACGCAGCUUGUGGGUUCCAGGGUGAUGAAGCGGUUCUGCGGGGCUGUGGGGAGGACAUAGCUAAAGUUCAGCUAUCGUUAGCCACGCUGAAGAAGAAACGCUCACACUAAAAAGCUGAACUUCAAUGAGAGAUGAGCCGGCAUCGAGAGCGCAGGGGGAUCCACGUGGACCAAUCAGAGCUGCUGUGCAGGAAAGGAUGCGGUUUCUACGGCAACGCGGCCUGGCAGGGCCUCUGCUCGCAGUGCUACAGAGAGGAGCUCCAGCACAGCCGGCAGAGGCAGAUUGAGGAGGAUUGUGCACUGGCCAAGAGACUGCAGCAGGAGGAGGAAGAGGCCAGCAGUAAGCCCGCGCCCCCCCGGCCCCCCCGGCCUGAGGACAAGAAGAGCGGCACUGUCACCACCGUCAAGAAGCUCUUCAGCCCGUCGUUAUGGGCAACGGCACCCAGGAAAGAGAGCCAGGAGGCCCGCAUGCCCGGAGUGCCCAGCGCCCCGAGGGACCGCCUCACGCGGGACUUCCUCCACUUCCUGCGGCCGCUGCAGAAGAUCGGCCAGGAGGUCUACCGCCAGAGCCACACCCUCACAGAGCGCGCCGCGGCCCGCAAACAGGACUUGAGCCCGGAGGAGCUCUCCGAGUGUGUCCAGGACUUCUACCAGAGCCUGGCCGACCGCCUGCUCUCUCACUUCAAAGGGUCCACAGACAGUGUGGAGCGAGUGAUGGAGGAGGUGGAGAAGUACGUGAUGACUCGUCUGCAUCAGGCUGCCCUGUGUCCCCAAACCGCAGAAGACCAGAGGAAGGACCUGGCCUUGCACACCAGGAUCCGGGACCUGCACUGGGUGUCGGUUGAGAUGCUGUGCGCUCCUGUGGAUGAGGAGUUGGCUGAGGUGUCAGACUGUGUGGUGAGAGCCAUCACAGAUCUGAUUGAGAUGGACUCCCGGUGCGUUCCGUGGGAGAAGCUGCGUUGCGUGACGAGCUGCAGCAAACGCAUCAUCAACGCCGUCACGGCGACCAAGCGGCAGCCGGCCUCGGCGGACGACUUCCUGCCGGCGCUGAUCCACGUGGUGCUGCGGGCCAACCCCCCCCGCCUGCACUCCCACAUCCAGAACAUCACACGCUUCUGCCACCCCAGCCGUCUGAUGAAGGGGGAGGACGGGUACUACUUCACCAACCUGUGUUGCGCCGUGGCCUUCAUUGAGAAGCUGGACGGCCAGUCGCUGAACCUGAGCACCGAGGAGUUUGAGCAGCACAUGUCAGGGCAGCCCUGGGCAGGCACGCCGGCCCCAGGGGGGGCGCAGGGAGGGGCCCAGGCGGGGGCCCAGGGAGGGGCCCGGACCAGCGAGCUGGACCUGCUGGGGGGACUCAGCCUGCAGCAGGACGGGGGACAGGAGGGGGGCCGCAGGCGGGAGGCCGACCUGAUCGACUGGCAGUCCGGCGUGGAGGACCAGGGCCACGACUCCCUGGGACAGUGCCCUCUGGAGGCCCCGCCCCCAAGCUCCGCCCCCGGCCCCGCCCCCGGCAACACCAACACCAGCUCCGCCAUCGACUCUGACAAUGUGGACACUGAGAGACUGCCCCCCCCUCUGCUGCCCCAGGUCUUUGCAGGCUAAUCCCUCCCCCUCUCAUCCAACCCCUCCCCCCUCUCAUCCAACCGCUCCCUAACCCCUCCCUCUCCCCUCCCCCUCUCCCUAACCCCUCCCCCGUCUCAUAACUACGCCCAUAACCCCUCCCCUCUCGCCCCUGCUGGUCCAGCUGCUGUUGGCUGUUCUCAUGAGUUUAAUAAAUUUGAGUUUAAUGAGUUUAUUUGAGUCUCAUAUGAGUUUCAUGAGUUCAUUUGAGUCUCAUAUGAAUUCAUCCGCAAUGUGCUGUUGGGAGAAACAGAACCAAAGUUAGUUUUUGUCCUCUACCUCGCUUCAUUGUUUCUGACUGCAGGCCUGUCUUGGUGAGCACUGCUCAUUACUCCAGUGCAUCCUGCAGAAGCCAAACGGAUCAUCUAGAGAUUCCUGCAUAGGCAUUAUUUAUAUGUUCAGUUUGGUCUGUAUCUCGUAUGUAAGAAAGGUUGUCACCUGCUGUCUGUUCAGGUGAAUUUACCAUCACCUGUAAGAACAGUCAUGUUUUUGAUAUCAGUUGCGUGUGGAGGCAUGGCUGGUGUUGGUCUCUGUAGUGUUUGUGCAGCAUAGUCCUUAGGAGUGUGCUUCAUGGGCUGUGGGUAAUGCUGGGGCAACGCUGGGGCAACAGCGUGGGGUAAUGGGGGCACCUUGAUUCUGCCCCUGCCGCAAUUCUUCCACUGAACUCAGCUUCUCUUGUGUUGCAAGAGCCAAUCGGCCGUGCCAAACGUACUCUGCAACAUUGUACAGUAAGGUUACAUUAAUUGCCAUUGACUAAAGUAGUUUUUUUCUACAGAGAAAUUAUUCUGUACAGCUGUGCAUGUGCAUCAUUAGCCCUUUCUGUACCAAGCCUAGAAGUGGCUUCACCCAAACACCCAAAUCCCAGGGUGGUUUUUGCUUUGGUUGAGAAAAUUGAGGACGUUACGAAUUUAGUAGGGUUUUAAUAGGUGAUCAAAACAAUAAUGUAGCAGUCAUUUUGAUUGAUUGAAAAGGCAUUAUGUUGAGAGUGCCAUAUGGGUCUGAAUGGGGUAAUUCAUAUAACUGCAUUAGUUAAUGCCAAUUCAUAUUGGAAUGAACAAAACUGUCCAUGUAUUUGUUAAUUUAAUGAUAAAUGUAUCCGAUGGUGUGCUAAUGUAUGAGUAUAGUAAUACAUUAGUUAGCUGUUAACAAAUUCAUUGUCUAAUGAAAGUGUAAUUUCAUGCUUAAUGUAUUUGUACAUCAAUUAGUUCAUAUUAACAGCUGCGUUACUUAAUGCCAGUUUGAGUACCCUUAUUGCACAGUUUGGCCAAAUAAUCUAUUAAAAUGCCAUUAUCGCCGUGUUUGGCUGGGGAAACGAUACACUGCGAGAGGAAGUUGGUUGCUUUCGUUUCUAAAAUAUCAGUUUUGUGCCAUAAAUUAUUUGCCUGAAUCUUUCAGAUUGGCCUGUGUGGGAGAUGCACUGGUCCGGGAGGACAGAUCCCAGACCCUCUUCAAUCUCACGGGCAAUGCAGGGCCACAACAUUAUUAUUGUAAUUCAUAAUAAUAAUAAUAAUAAUAAUAAUAAUAAUAAUAAUAAUAAUAAUUAAUUGCAUUUAUACAGCGCUCACCAGCCGGGUGACAUCACCUACAUGUAGCACCCACCUGGGUGAUGCAACAGCAGCCAUUUUGUGCCAGAACACUCAUCUCACAUCAUUAACAGGCAUGUGCAGUACACCUGAAUUUACUUCAUUUGUGAAUCAUUUGGCAUUUCAUUUUCUCAAAGUCUUGGCGUAACCUGACUGUUUUUGCUGUGUAUUUAAUUCACGGUACUGUACAGGACAUCCGGAGAUGAAUGGCUUUGGGUAUCUUUGUAAAAAAGUGUACAUUUGUGCCCUCAUACUUGAUGUCUAAAUGUGUUAUGGUGUAUGUAUGCAAAUGUACCUUAUGGAAGUAGUGAGAUGGGUUUUUAUAGUUUUCAUGGACUGUGUUAUUUUAACUGAAUCUUAAUGAAGAAACCUCUGUUAUGUGGUGGGAAUCACCGCGUGUCUAUGAAGGAAGAGACUGCCGUGUUUCAUUCACACAGAAUAAACGCUUAUUUGGUCGAGCAGGCUGGAGCAGCUCAGUUUCUCUGGCUGGGUCUCAGAGUGCAUCUCUGAUCUGAUGAGAUUCCCCCACAUGACGAGGCCGCUCCGCUUGCCUUUUUCCUACCCCGAAGUGUUCCUACGGCUUAUUUUGCCUGAAUGCUAAAUAUGUAGCGGCAUAUAAAGCCUGAACGUGAAAAUCCCCAGUGUUUCUGCCGUCGCUGAGUUCAUUUCUGUUACAAGCAAACAAAAUCCAUGCUUGUAAUUUAACUAAACAAUCACGUGUUUUGCUAAGGCAAACUAUAUGCAUCACAGUGAUUUAAAACCACUCUGGUCAAUGAAGUGUUUCUGCAAGACGGGAGCAAAGGGAGCAAUUUCUCAGUGUGGAAAUGUUCAAGUGUCAUUUCUUAUGAUUGUAAAUUGUGAUUUUCCUGGAAAAAUGUUUUCUUGGCAAGUAGUACUUUUCUGUAUUAAACGAAAGUUCACUGAA